AUGUACCCUACUAUCGCCGAGCUCUGGCCACUCAUGUGGCGCAUAGCAUCAGCCCAUUCUCCGAGCUCCCUCAAAACCUCGAUACUGCCCGCACGUCAUACCGCAAAACACCACCACCACCAUUACUUUGCCUCCCACACUCGCAUCCCAAUUGUGCCCAUCAUGCUCCGCACAACCUUUGCCAAGACGGCCGCAUUCCGUCCCCUCCGAGCUACCUUCACCACUACUGCUCGAGCCAUGAGCGAGGGUGAUACCGGCGCGCCUCCCAAGACCGGCGGCCCUGGUGACGCCUUCCAGCGCCGUGAGCGCGCCAGCGAGGACUGGGCUAUCCGCCAGCGUGAGAAGGAGCGUCUCCUCGAGCUCAAGAAGAAGCUCGCUGAACAGCAGCAACACCUUCAGCGCCUCUCUGACCACAUUGAGGAGAUCACCCGCGAUCAGGGUGGCGAGAAGAACUAG